UGGUUAUUCAACUUGAUUGAACCACGGUUAUCAUUGGACAAACAGCAUGUAUUUUAAAACAGAGUACACAACUACAUUCGUAAUGAAGAUUUGUAAAUCGUGUCAAAUAAGCCAAUCAGAACUGACAAUUGAAUCGCAAUCGUAUGUUUAUCAUGUUUAAUCCCUGUUCAUCCUUAUCCAUACGGCAUGUUUGUCGUGCUGAAAAAACAGUAAAGGCAGAGGUGAUGUGAAUUCCUUGAAUGUACCACACACGAUUCGAGCAAUUCCUUUUUGAAAUACGAUCGUAUCGAGACAUUUUCAUAAUGAGAAUUUUGAAUUUGUUUAUUACAACACUAAUAGUAGCUACGGGUUGCUUACCGGCGAAUUCGAUUCAAACAUUUACUAAAACCACUCCACUCGUUGUAACAACAUGGGAUUACUGGAACGCCACAGACAAAGCAUGGAAUAUUCUGUACACAAAAAAACGUAGCUCGCUAGAUGCUAUAGAAAUAGCAUGCAGUUUGUGCGAGCAGCUUCAAUGCCGGACGACUGUUGGAUUUGGCGGGAGUCCCGACGAGAUGGGUGAGACAACGUUGGACGCAAUGAUAAUGGAUGGCGUCAAAAUGGAUGUCGGUGCGGUUGGUGGCCUGCGAAGAAUAAAAAAUGCUAUUUCAGUCGCUCGUAAAGUUCUAGAUCAUACAGAACAUACUUUAUUAUCAGGUAAACUGGCCACUGACUUUGCAGUCAAAAUGGGCUUUAUUGAAGAAGACCUACAAACACCAGAGUCUAAGAAUAUGUGGUUGAAAUGGAAGGCCAACAACUGUCAGCCAAACUUUUGGAAGAAUGUUUCACCAGAUCCUAAGCACUAUUGUGGCCCAUAUAAGUUGACACCGAAUGAAAUUGGAAGCAGCAGCCAGCCGAAAAAGUCGAAUAAAGCUAUCGACGAAAGUAACCAUGACACUAUUGGUAUGAUUGCAAUUGAUAUCAAUGGAAACAUUGCUGCUGGUACAUCUACAAAUGGAGCGAAAAACAAGAUUCCUGGGCGCAUUGGAGACUCUCCGAUUCCAGGGGCUGGUUCUUAUGCUGACCAAGAAGUUGGGGCUGCCGCUGGGACAGGAGACGGAGAUGUUAUGAUGCGCUUUCUUCCCAGCUUCCUAGCAGUGGAAGAAAUGCGCCGCGGAGCGGCUCCAAGCCAUGCUGCUGAGACAGCAGUUCGUCGCAUAGCUCAGCAUUAUCCAAAAUUCGUUGGUGGAGUUAUUGCUCUUAAUAAGGAUGGCGCGUACGGAGCCGCCUGCAAUGGGAUGGAAAAAUUUCCAUUUUACGCGAGUAAUCCUCUUCUCGGUGAACCCACUUUGAAUCACGUUCGAUGUAUUGAGAUCUGAUUCACUCAUGCUCCAUGCCUAUAUUAGCCUUGAAAUACUGCUUUUUCUACGGACAAAAAGAAAAAUAUUGCGAUGCAUGCAAAUAAUUGAAUGUCAUUGAAUUCGAAACUUUUGCGAUAAAUUACUGAUUUUCUAAUAUUCAAAGUGUUUCUAUGCAAAGGUUUUUAAUAUAAUUUUCCUAAUAAGAAGUACUGUAAGAAUCUGAUAAUAAUAAAGUUGGUGAACAAAUG